AUGAGCAACCAGAUAGACCCCAGAUUAAGUGGCGCUGGCCACUACCAACCAGUACCGCAACGUGGACAGCCAUAUGCCAACACGAAGCCUCAACCUCAACACCCGCAUCAGCAUCAGCACCAACAUAUACCCCAGGCACAGGCUCUCCAGCCAGGAUUCGCGCCGCCAAGAAAUGAUAGCUUGAGGGCUGAUGGAUAUGCGAAUGUGUCGACCACUCCAUACUACCACGGCCAAUACCCAACUCCGAACACAUCAACACCACAGCAGCAUAGUACAGGGACCGGCGCACCGAGCACUGGCAGCAUCAGCAAUCAGGCAAGUCCGGAACAGAAUGGAUCCUACCAGCAAAGCGCAUUAGCAUACGCCGCGAUCGGUCAGACAAGUCCGGACGCACAAGGAUACGAUGAUGGAGACGGGCUGCAAGGAGACGAUGCCAAGAGGCCUCGGGCUUGCGAAUCAUGUAGAGCUCUCAAGGUCCGAUGUGACCAGGACCCUGCACACCCAGAAAUACCCUGCAAGAGAUGCGCAAAGGCGAACAGGCCAUGCGUGAUCACGCAACCGAGUCGCAAGAGGCAGAAGAAGGCUGACAGCCGAGUUGCUGAGUUGGAGAAGAAGCUGGACGCGUUGACGGCGGCACUGCAUCAUCAGCAUGCACAGACUGCAGCUCAGUAUGGCGCGCAGACAGUCCCUGGAGCGCCUUUGGCAGAUAUGAUGCAGGCUGGUGAGGGGAGUGUGAGUGGACAGUACAGCCAGGCUUUUGACGAGAGCCCAGCAGAAGUCACGCCGGGUGGACCAGUCAUGCCAUCUCGGAAGCGACAACGUAUGGAUCUGGCGCAGGCGUUCGAUGGCGCUGUGCAGCCUGAUUUGUCUCGAGCAACAUCGACGUCAAAUGAUGACCCUCUGAGGACCUUCAGCGAGAUACAGAACUCAUGGGCGCCAACGGACGCGAAGCGCUAUCUGCAUCACACGAGCCCGGAAGAGUUUACUGCCCGCAUCAACUCGCUUAUCAAUCCAGAGAUGGCCUCUGAUGUUUUUGGCGUGUAUAUUAACAAGCUUGCACCUCACCUACCCGCGGUUGUCUUCCCACCAGGCACUACUGCGGAGCAGCUCUUCAAAGACAAGCCAAUCUUGUACGUGAGCAUCCUGUCUGCUGCGUCCUUCGGCACGCUUCAUCCGGACAUUACUCGAGCGCUGGCUCGUGAGGCUGUGGGCGCCGUUGCCGACUGUGUUGUACGCAAUGGAGCGAAGUCGUUGGAGCUGAUCCAAGCAAUGCAAGUCAUGGCACUAUGGUAUAAGCCUCCAGAGAAAGCUGAGCAGACCAACUUCUAUCAGAUCAUACACAUGGCAGCUGUUAUGGCUCUUGAUAUCGGUCUUGGUAAACGUUUCAACCCAGCGAAGUCAAGACGAGGCUUUGGAGGACCCAACGCGAACUUCGCCCCUGGUCCGCAUAAGACGCUACCGCAGGAUAGUGACACUCUGGAAGCGAGAAGAGCGUGGCUGGGUUGCUAUUACCUGUGCGCGAGCGCGUCAAUGGUACUUCGCCGACCGAAUCUUGUGCGCUGGACAAAUUACAUGAAGGAGUGUAUCGAAGUCCUCGAGUCACAUCCAGACGCCUACCCAUCAGAUAAACUGUUCUGCCAACAUGUCAAGAUUCAGCAUAUCUGCGAGGACAUCGGGCUCCAAUUCCUCAUGGACGACAACACCGCCACCAUCAGCAUCACGGAUCCGAAGGUCAGCUACGCACUGAACGUGCUCGAGAAUCAACUCAAGACGUGGAAAGAACAAGUGCCGCAGGAGUGCCGCGGACCCGGACUGCAGUUCUUCGAACAUGUGUGCAGCCUGUAUCUGCACGAGAUUGCGUUACAUUUCAAUCACAAUAUCGAGGACUUCCGGCUGCCUUUCACCGAGGAGAGUUUGAAGUCUGUCAACAACACUGCCGACACCUUGACCACAAAUCAGAUUGCUGCGCUCGAAGCGUGCCUGAAAGCCGCGCAUGGGAUUCUGGACACCAUGCUGAGCUACGAAACGGAAACGAUUAAGAGUCUUCCCAUGCUCUUAUUCUUUGUGCGCUGUGUAUAUGCGAUCGUCAUCUUGAUCAAGAUGCACGUGGCUGUGUGCACACCCAACAGCGAGCUCGGCAAGAUGAUGAAGCCGCAGGAUCUGAAGGUCGACUACUACAUCGACAAACUUAUCAAUCUAUUCAGCUAUGUCAGCAAAGGCGGCGAGGAGUUCAGGCCGCACCCGAAGAUUCUGCGCAUCUUGACAGUUCUGCGCGACUGGUUCGGGAAGCAUAAGGAGAAUGUCGCCGCUCAGCAGAGUGGGAAGGUGAAGGUGGAGGACCACGAGAGACAGAGGAAAGACUUCAAUCAAACGCCACUGCAUCUACUGAGUCAAGCUGCGGUCGCUUCCACAAACCCACCACCUUCACAAUCUCAAGGCCAGCAGAGUCACCAGCGAUCGCACAGCCAAGGUGGACCCGACUGGACUUUCAACACCCCGACCGUCAUGGACUACAGUCAACGACCUCCUCCCAAUCAUCCAGACUAUCGGAUGCCCAAGUGGAACCAACCGUCUGGUCCUGCUCCUGCUGGUGACCCUAACGCUCCCGAGAAUGCAUAUCCUCAGCUUGAUCCACAAAUGGGUGUGCCAUCUAUGGGCAUGGUGGAUCCCACUAAUCAAGACUACGGCUGGGGCAGUGGAUUCGAGCAGGCCAUGGAUAUUGCUUUGGGUGGUGUGGAUGGCUUGCAGGGUAGUGGAUUGGAUAAUUGGUUCUUGGGCGAUGGUAUGGCGCCUUUUGGGUUCAAUGGUGAUAUGGGUGGCGGGUAUGGGGGGCAGUGGUGA